UGGACUGGGAGAAAGGGGAGGUCUGAAGAUCGCACCCGGCAUCCAUCGUGGAAACUUGCACUUUUAUUAAGGAGCAAGUCUCGGAGUACAGCCGCAAAUCGAAGUGCAUACGAGCCCAGCACAGCGAUGGAGGACGGGAAGCCGGUUUGGGCGCCCCACCCGACGGACGGGUUCCAGCUGGGGACGAUCGUGGACAUCGGAGCCGACAGCCUGACCAUCGAGCCUCUCAAACAGAAGGGGAAGACAUUUUUUGCCGCCGUUAACCAAGUGUUUCCUGCUGAGGAUGACAUCAGCAAACACGUGGAGGACAACUGUUCCUUGAUGUACUUGAAUGAAGCCACUUUAUUAAACAACGUCCGUGUGAGAUAUAGUAAAGACAAAAUUUAUACUUUUGUAGCUAAUAUCCUGAUUGCAGUGAACCCGUACUAUGACAUCCCAAAGCUGUACUCUCCCGAAACCAUCAAACAGUAUCAUGGGAGGUCUUUGGGUACACUACCACCACAUGUCUACGCCAUAGCGGACAAGGCUUACAGGGACAUGAGGGUCCUGAAGAUGAGUCAGUCCAUCAUCGUCUCAGGGGAGUCUGGAGCAGGGAAAACUGAAAACACCAAGUUUGUGCUCAGAUACUUGACAAGUUCCUAUGGAACGGGACAAGAUAUAGACGAGAGAAUAGUUGAAGCCAAUCCCCUGCUGGAGGCAUUUGGGAACGCUAAAACUGUCAGGAACAACAACAGUAGUCGAUUUGGGAAGUUUGUAGAAAUUCACUUCAAUCAAAAGAAUGCUGUUGUAGGGGGGUUCGUUUCCCACUACCUGCUGGAAAAGUCCAGAAUCUGCCGGCAGAGUUCGGAGGAGAGGAACUACCACAUCUUCUACCGGCUGUGUGCCGGGGCCUCUGAGGACAUCAGCCAGAGGUUCCACCUUGGUUCCCCUGACACCUUCAGGUACCUGAACAGAGGAUGCACUCGCUUCUUUGCAAACAAGGACACAGACAAACAUAUUCUUCAGAACCGCAAAAGCCCUGAGCACCUGAAGGCUGGGCCCCUCAAGGACCCUCUGCUGGAUGACCAGGGGGACUUCAACAGGAUGUGUGGGGCCAUGAAGAAGAUCGGCCUGGACGACACGGAGAAGCUGGACCUGUUCAGGGUGGUUGCAGGGGUGCUCCACCUGGGCAACAUCGACUUUGAGGAGACAGGAAGUACUUCAGGCGGCUGCACCCUGAAGAAGCAGUCAGGCCGGCCCUUGGAGCACUGCGCAGAGCUGCUCGGUCUGGAUGAGGGCGACCUCCAAGUCAGUCUCACCACGAGGGUCAUGCUCACAACAGCAGGGGGCGCCAAAGGAACGGUCAUCAAGGUGCCUCUGAAGGUGGAGCAGGCUAACAACGCGAGGGACGCCCUGGCCAAAGCGGUCUACAGCCGCCUGUUCGACCACGUGGUCACCAGGGUCAACCAGUGCUUCCCCUUCGAGUCUUCUGCCAACUUCAUCGGGGUGCUUGACAUCGCAGGCUUCGAGUACUUUGAGCACAACAGCUUCGAGCAGUUCUGCAUCAACUACUGCAACGAGAAGCUGCAGCAGUUCUUCAACGAACGCAUCCUGAAAGAGGAGCAAGAGCUGUACCAGAAAGAGGGACUUGGGGUGAACGAGGUUCACUACGUCGACAAUCAGGACUGCAUAGACCUGGUGGAGGCCAAGCUAGUGGGCAUCCUGGACAUCCUGGAUGAAGAGAACCGCCUGCCCCAGCCCAGCGAUCAGCACUUUGCAGAGACCGUACACAACAAGCACAAGAACCACUUCCGUCUCACUGUGCCCAGGAAGUCCAAGCUGGCUGUCCACAGGAACGUGAGGGAUGACGAGGGCUUCAUAGUCAGACACUUUGCGGGAGCCGUGUGUUACGAGACGACCAAGUUUGUGGAGAAAAACAACGAUGCGUUACACAUGUCCCUGGAGUGCCUGAUCAGCGAGUCCAAGGACAGGUUUGUGAGGGAACUCUUUGAGAACUCGAACAACACCAAGGACUCCAAGCAGAAGGCUGGAAAGCUAAGCUUCAUCAGCGUCGGGAACAAGUUCAAGACCCAGUUGAACAUUCUUCUGGAAAAACUUCGCAGCACGGGCUCCAGUUUCAUCCGCUGCAUCAAGCCCAACCUGAAGAUGGUGAGCCACCAGUUUGAAGGAGCCCAGAUCCUGUCCCAGCUCCAGUGUUCAGGCAUGGUGUCGGUGCUGGACCUCAUGCAGGGCGGCUUCCCCUCCAGAGCUCCUUUCCACGAGCUCUACAACAUGUACAAGCAGUACAUGCCUGCCAAGCUGACCCGCCUGGACCCUCGCCUGUUCACCAAGGCUUUGUUCAAGGCAUUAGGGCUGAACGAGAACGACUACAAGUUCGGUCUGACCAGAGUGUUCUUCAGACCCGGGAAGUUUGCAGAGUUUGACCAGAUCAUGAAGUCGGACCCUGACCACCUGGCAGAGCUGGUUAAGAAGGUCAACCAGUGGCUGAUCUGCAGCCGCUGGAGGAAGGUGCAGUGGUGCGGCCUGUCAGUCAUCAAACUGAAGAACAAGAUGCUGUACCGUGCCAGUGCCUGCAUCAAGAUGCAGAAGACGGUCCGCAUGUGGCUCUGCAAGAGGAAGCACAAGCCACGGAUUGACGGGCUGGUGAAGGUGCGGCAUCUGAAGAAGAGGAUGGACAAAUUCAACGAGGUGGAACUGAAGGAGGGCAAACAGGAGAUGGCCACCCAGAUCCAGGAGCUGGACGCAGCCAUCAGCAGCCUGAUGGUCAAGAUCAAAGGCACCAUCAUGACCCGCAUCGAGAUCGACCACGAGUACCAGGCCCUGGUGACGCGCUCGGAGCAGCUGCUGACCGCCAUGCAGAACCAGAAGAAGGAGGAGGAGGAGCGAGAGCGUCUGAGACGCAUCCAGGAGGACAUGGAGCGAGACAGGAGGAGGAGGGAGGAGGAGGAGCACAGACGCAAGCAGGAGGAGGAAGACCGCCGCCUGAAAGUGGAGAUGGAGCUGAAAAGGAAACAGGAAGAGGAGGAACGGAAGAAGAUGGAGGAAGAGGAGAAGAGGAUUCAGGCGGAGAUGGAGCUGCAGAUGGAGGCGGAGCGGGAGGAGGAGGCGGCUCGCUCCACCAUCCUGGAGCAGGAGCGGAGAGACAGGGAGCUGGCCAUGAGGAUCGCCCAGAGCGAGUCGGAGCUCAUCCCAGAGGAGAGCCCCUACGACGCAGGCCUGCGCAGUAACGGCUCUUCAGGUGUUCCAUCGUCUCCAGAGAGAGCUACCGCUGCUGGAACUCAAGUCCUCAAGAGCUUGACCAUGGAGGAAAUGGCCAAGGAAAUGUCUGAGCUUCUGGCUAGAGGCCCCCAGGUACAGGCCACCAAAGCUGCCGCUAGCGCCAAGAAGUACGAGCUGAGCAAGUGGAAGUACGCUGAGCUGAGGGACGCCAUCAACACCUCGUGCGACAUCGAGCUCCUGGCAGCCUGUCGUGAGGAGUUUCACCGCCGCCUGAAGGUCUACCACGCCUGGAAGUCAAAGAACAAGAAACGCAAUACGGACACUGAGCAGAGGGCCCCCAAGUCAGUCACCGACUAUGAUACCCCUUCACCUGUGAAACAAGCAUCCCAGCAGAACCCGGCCCCGCCCAUCCCUGCCAGGCAGCAUGAAGUGGCCAUGAACAGGCAGCAGCGCUACUUCCGGAUCCCCUUCAUCCGGCCUGGUGAUCAGUACAAGGACCCCCAAAACAAGAAGAAGGGUUGGUGGUACGCCCACUUUGACGGGCCCUGGAUCGCCCGGCAGAUGGAGCUGCACCCAGACAAGCACCCCAUCCUGCUGGUGGCAGGGAAAGAUGACAUGGAGAUGUGUGAACUGAGCCUGGAGGAGACGGGCCUGACCAGGAAGAGAGGAGCGGAGAUCCUGCCCCGGCAGUUCGAGGACAUCUGGGACCGUUGUGGGGGGGUCCAGUACCUGCGCAGCGCCAUCGAGAGCCACCAGGCCCGGCCCACCUACGCUACAGCCAUGCUGCAGAGCCUCCUCAAGUAGCUCCCUGCCUCCAGCUCCCUCCACGGGCCCACACACACACACAGCAAAGGGAAGAGUGCGCCAGCUAACUGGACCGCUAACUGGACUGGACAGCGUGCAUUCAGGCAUACUGUUCUGACUGGGUGCACUGCAGUCAUGAAAGAACUGCUUUUUGUUAAUUUGUCUUUAGUUUUUUGGGGAUCUUGCUGGCUUGGAAUCGUCUUGUGUAUUUGAGGUUGAGGCAGGGGGAAUUGCAGUGAACCCUAUACAGAGGAACACAUGCAUCCCGUUUUAUUUUUCAGGCAAAUGGGUUGUUUUCUUUAAUAUUUCUGCAACUCUUAACUAUGAGGCCUUACAUACUACUAAAUAGGGUAAGUUGCUGAAAGUAGGAACUGUUUCAUAGCUGCCUCCCCAAAAAGGUUGAGAGUAUUAAUUCAUAGAUGUUUAUAAUAAUUUGUUUCUGAUUACACUACAGUCUCCUUCUGGCCUCUGCCGGCUUAACAGCUUGUUGAUAAUUCUACUCACUCUUCAGCUGUUUACAUAGUUUUCAUAUAGUUGUUUUUUUUCAGGACAAUACUUGAUCUCUGUUCUCUCAUGUGUCACGUUCUCUGAUUAUUUCCAGUAACUGCACGCAUUAUUAAUUUCCAAUUAAGAUAUAUUUGACAAUACUGUAAAAUUCUUUACCUCGUCUUUCAAACCGAAUGUAAUUUGAUUUAGUUGAUUUGUUCCUUCAGUCUUCAUUAUUUGUUGGUUUUGUCUUAUUUUUUCAAUGUGUGAUUAUAUUUUUCAUGCUAAUUAAAAAGGUGUAGACAGAAUGGCAGGUUCCCUGUACAUGACCCAGUUGGGAAUGCCA